ACGAUAUACUUCUAGGAAGGUUAUGGCAAAUGGAUCGGUUCAAGCGUUAUAGUACAAUAUAGACUUUCCAAUUAUACUUUGCUGCAAACAAGAUCCAAUUUCCAGCUUACCGCGUAGUCUUUAUGGUUUACUUUUAUGCCUCACAAAGAAACGUACCCCAACGGUGGAGAUAGCUAUCCAUACCUGACGCAGCUGUGAUGCCAGUGUGUGUCGUUAGAUGAGGUCUGGUCAACAUACCACCAGAAUGGCGGGCUGUUGGACGCAUAUAAAGUAGAUCUAGGACUGACGAUGGUUUCAAUAACUUUCAUAAGUUGAACACAGAAGAAUCAAUAAGACUUUACCUAUAUUCGUUAGCAGGUGCCUGUAUUACAUCAAAGACUCAAGAGUACGGUCUUAAUCUUGCCAGAGGCCUACUCACGCCAACACGAUGUCCUCAUCCAAAACGGACACUGGGAUUCGAUUCCCCCAGAACGACGACCAAAGCCAACGUCUUCGAAGUACAACUCAGAAUCAAAGAGCUGCCGCCCGACUGCAGGACGCCUCUCUUUCGGCAAGCACAAAGGCUCGUGCGGCUGCUGACCCGACUUCGAACUGGACACCGGAAGAGAUGUUCGAGUCUACCGUCAACGAAUUCAGUGAUCCGAUUCCGGACCGAUAUUCGUUUACCGAUGGGGCCAGAAUGGAACGGGGAGCCUUUGGUCAAGACGAGGCGGAUGCAUUUGAGGCUGCGAAUAAGGAAUUUGAUUAAGGGAGGACAUACUCAAUGUUGACUAGCAUUGUAUUGUACCGAAUGUUUAUCUAAAAAUGUGCAAGCUGGUUACAUCGACAUUAACCGGGUGGGCCCUUUCAAGUCGCACAUCAAUAUACUCCAGUUUUUCAUGAAAUCUGGCUAUCCUGCAUCGAAAUGGUGAGCCGCCU